GGAUGUCGUGAGUGUCGCGGGGAGGUUGUCGUUCCAUGGCGACGGCGGAUGACAGCUGAAGGCUCGCAAAGGUCCGUGACGAGACAGCCAGCUGGGCCUCGUAAGUCCUUUACUUCGUCUGCCUCGUCUUGUGUGACAUAUCCGCACAAGACGUCGUCCGAGCCGGGGACAGACGCGCUGUGCCGGGCGUGCUGGUCUUGGACUUCCGCAUGGCCUAGCCUCCUUGCCUCCUAGCCUCCUCGCCUCCUCGCCUCCUCGCCUCCUCGCCGUGGAACCUUCUUCAUGUCUCUGCUUCUGCCCGCGCGAGUGUGGCGGCCUCGGCCUGGCGGACCUGCGACCCGGGACUUUUCUUCCAGUUGAAAACAAAAAGGAGGAGGCGUAUUUGUGCUCACCUUCGGGACGUGAGGACCGGAAGGACGUUGGUGUUGUCGCCCGCACCCCCGCGGGAAGAUGACGUCAUCCUGCACCCCCGCAGACAUGAUCAACCUGCGACUCAUCUUAGUCAGCGGGAAGACCAAAGAGUUCCUUUUUUCGCCCAGCGAUUCGGCGGCAGACAUCGCCAAGCAGGUUUAUGACGACUGGCCAAUGGACUGGGAAGAAGAACAAGUCAGCAGUCCCAACAUCCUCAGGCUCAUCUACCAGGGACGCUUCUUGCACGGCAACGUCACGCUAGGAGCACUGAAGCUGCCAGUGGGUAAAAGCAGUGUGAUGCAUUUAGUGGCCAGAGAGACGCUGCCUGAGCCCAACUCCCAAGGUCAGAGGAACAGGGAGAAGACCGGGGAGAGUAACUGCUGUGUCAUCCUGUAAAUAAACACCUUUUAGCCCCGCCCCCCUCAUACACACACACAUAAGCUGUAGCCAAUUAUUACUUAGUAAAUGGCUGUUAGUUGGUUGUCAUAGCAACGAUGCCUUCCUUUUCAUUCUUUAAGCUCACACUUCAAACGACUGAUUGGAUGACACACACACACACACACUCACACACACACCUGCCGCCAUCUUGUUGCCAAACACAGUGACAAAAGGUUUUUGAGCGUUGUUGGAAGCCCCGCCCCCCUCACUUGGCCACUCCCCCCCUCAGCUGUGUCACAUGACAACUGGCAUUCAGUGUUGUUGACUAAUAUUUUAUAAUGAUGAUGAUGAUGAUGAUGUGUGUGCAGAUAGAUGAAUAAACUCUAUUAAAACAUUUGAAAAAA